AUGGGUCGCGGAUCUUCCGUCUCGCUGCGCUUUCCUUCGCACCUCGCCAUCUAUGUGCUGCUCGCUAUCUCCCUCUCCGCGUUCUGCGCCGCACAGCUUAACGAUGGCGCUGCCGCAUUUCCCGCUGAGCCGCGUCGGCUCGGCGAUCCCAAGCUUCCGUUGGCCCUCGCGGCGGUCGAGGCGCUUCUCCGCCAGGCGCAGUUCGACGUCGCUGUAGGCGAGUACGAUCGCGCCGCCCGCCGCCUUUUUUCGCCCGUCGCCGAAGUGUCCAUCCCGGGCCGCCCACUGCAGCGCCUCGAAACCAUCGAAGAAAAGGCGGCGUUUCUUGAGUCACUCGCGCCUGUUCCGCCCCCCUCUCCCCCACCCUCCGCAAACGGUACUCUUUUGAGCGGUUUGUCCCCAGUAGUGGCCGCUUCGUUAAUCGAGCGCGCGGAGCUGUACGUGCCCAAGUACGAUCGCUAUCUGGGCUACUCGCUGCUCAUCUACGGCCGCCUCCUUCAGGACGCGGAGUCCGCCGAGCCGCGCACCGGCAAGUUUGUCCUCUUGUGGGAUCUCAUCGCGGACAACGCCAGGGUCGCGGGGGAUGCUGACGUGGCAACUUCGCGGCAGCAAGAGAGCAACUCCGUCUAUGCGUGGGGGCUGAGCUGGGCGUACUGGAACGACGACGCGCACAGGCAUGGCCCGCCCCCCUCCCCCCCGCCUCGCCCGCCGCACCCUCACCCUCCGCACCCGCCCCACCCGCAUCCUCCCGCCCCCGCCCCUGCUCCUUCUGCAUUGUCCGCCGUUGAUGUUACCGUCCGUGACGCCCGCGCUGCCCGUGGUUCUGAUGAUGGCAGGCAACCAAGCCACCAGAUCUCGCUCGCCAAGCCUCUGCCUUCCCUGUCCGAGCCUCUCGCCGAUCCACACCCGGCCGACCUGAAGCUGCAGAUUCAGGAGGCUUGGACGAAUUUCAGCCUCAACCUGGCGACUGCUGACGUGGCGGCCGCAGCCAGCAUCUUCGCUGACAACGUGACGCUGCUGCCACCUGGGCAUCCGAAGCUCACCCUGCCAGGGCCUCUGGACAAGCAGGAUUACCUGCAGCGACUGGUGGACUGCCACGUGGCACUAGAUGUGACCGUCGAUUCUCUCCUGCUGGUGAAGCUGAAGUCCUCGUUGACGCCUGUCGUCCCUCCGCCUUCCCCAGCUCUUGAAGCUCUGCCUUCCCAGGAUGCGUCGUCCGCCAUGCUCCGUGGCUACAGUGCCGCGGAUCUUCUGGCUAAUAGCGAGGAGCUCAUUAGCGGGGCGUCGAAUGGCGAUGCGUUGACUGUGAUCACGCGCUCCUCCUUCAUCCUCACCAACACCUCCACCGGCAAGCACAUGAAGGCGGGCUCACUGCUGCAGAAGUGGGCACGUGUCAACCUGCCCGACUCCACCCUCGCAGCGGCAGGCGCGCCCCUUGCUGCCUCUCGCCACCGCUGGUACUUUGAGUGGGCCAUCUGGAACUAUCACAAUAUCCCAGCUGCUCAUGUUGCUGCCAUUUAG